CCAAUGGGGAGAGGGUCGGCAUGGCAACAAGGCACUGGAGAACGAGGCUCCUCCCCUGAGCUUGUUGGCGGGAGACUGCUCAGGGAACUGUGGGAGUGAGGAAUGCCAAGAUGGAAAACAAGCGAAAGGCUUCCGUGGGAGGCUCUGCCACAGGGGAACCUCCUCUGUCGCAACGGAAAAGGCCACGAGGAGGGGACUGGGAGGAGGAUGCCCCUUCACAGUUUGAAGAGGAGCUGGCUUUUCUGGAUGAAGUGGAGGCCGAGAUGGCUCUGGAGAUGAAAGAAGCACAGCCGGUACCUGAUGCCAUCCCGCUUAGUAAUCUCUUCUCAUCAGUGCGGAAUCCCAAGUGGCAGAGGCCACUGCCUGCCAAAAUAAACCCCAAAGAGGACACCCUGUGUUUCCAGCAAGUGGAGCUGGAUUAUUAUGUGGGUUCUCACAUCCCUGGAUUCCCAGGAUCCACCCAGGGUCCAGUUCCUGUGCUGCGUAUGUUUGGCGUCACUGCAGCUGGCAACAGUAUUUGUUGCCACAUUCAUGGUUUUGCCCCCUAUUUUUAUGUGCCUGCACCGGCAGGGUUCCAAGCAGAGCACCUGGCUGACUUUCAGCGGGAACUGAAUGCUGCUGUCAUCCGGGACAUGCGAUCCAACAAAGACGGUCUGAGCCAGGUGGUUCUGGCAGUGGAGAUCUGCAACAAGCAAAAUAUGUAUGGCUACCACGGGCAACAUCUCAUUCCAUUCCUGAAAAUUACUAUGGCAAUGCCUCGGCUUAUUGCCCCAGCCAAGAGGUUGCUAGAACAGGGACUGCGGUGUGGAACUUUGGGAGUGCACCAUUUCCAAGCCUACGAGUCAAAUAUUGACUUUGAAAUCAGGUUUAUGGUGGACCGGGAUGUUGUUGGCUGCAACUGGAUUGAGUUGCCUGCUGGAAAAUAUCGCCUGCGUCAGGAACAGCCUGCUGGAGAAUCCAGCAAGGAGAAUCCACCCAAGGCAUCGCUCUGCCAGCUGGAAGCCGACGUGGCCUGGACGGAUUUUGUUAGCCACCCCCCUGAGGGAGAGUGGCAAUGCAUCGCCCCUUUGCGUGUACUCAGCUUUGAUAUUGAGUGCGCUGGACGCAAAGGCAUUUUCCCCGAACCAGAGAAGGACCCAGUCAUCCAGAUUGCCAAUAUGGUCCUACGCCAGGGGGAGAAGGACCCUUUUGUGCGCAACGUCUUCACCUUGCAGUCCUGUGCCCCUAUCGUCGGCUCUCAGGUGCUCUGCUUCCAAAAGGAGGCAGAGCUGCUCAAGGCCUGGGCGGAAUUUAUCCGAAUUGUCGACCCUGACAUCAUCACUGGCUAUAACAUCCAGAACUUCGACCUUCCCUAUCUCAUCACGCGCGCCCAGACUCUCAAAGUCUCCACUUUUCCCUUCCUGGGACGUAUUCCUGCCCGCAAGUCUGUCAUCCGUGACUCUUCCUUCCAGUCCAAGCAGAUGGGCCGGCGGGAGAAUAAAGUCAUUAACAUGGAAGGCAGAGCCCAGUUUGAUCUGCUUCAGGUCCUGCUGCGGGAUUACAAAUUGCGCUCCUACACGUUGAAUGCCGUCAGUUACCAUUUCCUGCAGGAGCAGAAAGAAGAUGUACAGCACUCUAUCAUCACAGACCUGCAGAAUGGCUCCGAUCAGUCACGCCGGCGCCUGGCUGUGUACUGCCUCAAGGAUGCCUACCUGCCCCUGCGGCUUCUGGAGAAGCUCAUGUGUGUCAUCAACUACAUGGAGAUGGCGAGAGUUACCGGUGUCCCUCUAGGCUACCUCCUGGCACGGGGACAGCAAAUCAAGGUCGUCUCACAGCUCCUGCGGCAGGCCAUGAAGCAGAACCUGGUGAUGCCAGUGGUGAAGUCGGAAGGCGGGGAGGACUAUGCUGGGGCUACCGUCAUUGAGCCGCAAAAGGGCUACUAUGACGUGCCCAUAGCCACCUUGGACUUCUCCUCCCUGUACCCUUCCAUCAUGAUGGCUCACAACCUGUGCUAUACCACACUGUUGCAACAGGGGGCAGUCGAGCGCUACGGGCUUUCAGCAGAGCAGUUCAUUCGCACCCCGACCGGGGACCUUUUUGUGAAGGCGUCUGUUCGCAAAGGGCUGCUGCCGGAGAUCCUGGAGAACUUGCUGGCUGCCCGCAAGAGGGCCAAGGGAGAACUUAAGCAGGAGACGGAUCCAUUCAAGCGCCAGGUGCUGGAUGGACGGCAGCUGGCCCUCAAGGUCAGCGCUAACUCCGUGUACGGCUUCACUGGGGCUCAAGUGGGCAAGCUGCCUUGCCUUGAAAUCUCCCAGAGUGUGACUGGAUUCGGGCGUCAGAUGAUAGAGAAGACGAAGCAGCUGGUGGAAUCCAAGUAUACCAUCGCUAACGGCUACAGUGCGGAUGCAAAGGUAGUCUAUGGGGACACGGACUCGGUAAUGUGCCGCCUGGGUGUGCCAUCAGUCGCCGAGGCCAUGGAAAUAGGCAGGGAAGCCGCCGCCUGGGUCUCCAGCCAUUUCACUCCCCCCAUCAAGCUGGAGUUUGAGAAGGUGUACUUCCCCUAUCUCCUGAUCAACAAGAAGCGCUACGCUGGCCUGUACUUCUCCUCCAACCCCGACACACACGACAAGAUGGACUGUAAGGGCAUUGAGACUGUGCGUCGGGACAACUGCCCCCUAGUGGCAAACCUCAUCAACACCUGUCUGCAAAAGCUGCUCAUAGACAGGGACCCUGCGGGUGCUGUGGCCCACGCCAAGGAGGUGAUUUCGGAUUUGCUCUGCAACAGAGUUGACAUCUCGCAGCUGGUGAUCACCAAGGAACUGACACGCACGGCGGAUGAGUACGCGGGGCACCAGGCUCAUGUGGAGUUGGCAGAGCGGAUGCGUCGUCGGGACCCCGGCAGCGCCCCCAACCUGGGGGACAGAGUGCCUUACGUCAUUAUUGGUGCUGCUAAAGGCGUUGCAGCUUACAUGAAAUCCGAAGAUCCCAUCUACGUCCUGGAGAACAACCUGCCCAUUGACACCCAGUACUAUCUGGAGCAGCAGCUCGCUAAGCCCCUUCUGCGCAUCUUUGAGCCCAUCUUGGGAGAGGGCAAAGCACAGAACGUCCUGCUGAAGGGGGAUCACACACGUUGCAAGACCGUGUUGACGGCCAAAGUCGGAGGUCUUAUGGCUUUUGCUACCAAGCGAAGCACCUGCAUCGGUUGUCGCGCUGUGCUCAGCCACCAUGGUGCCGUGUGCAAGUUCUGCCUGGGCCGCCAAUCUGAGCUCUAUCAAAAGGAGGUGACCCAUCUGAGCUCUCUGGAGGAGAAGUUUUCGCGCUUGUGGACCCAGUGUCAGCGCUGCCAAGGCAGCUUGCACGAGGACGUCCUGUGCACCAGCCGUGACUGCCCCAUCUUUUACAUGCGGAAGAAAGUGCAGAAGGACCUCGAUGAUCAAGAAGUGCUGAUCUCACGCUUUGGGCCCCCUACGUGGUGAUGCCUCCUUGGCCUCUUGUUGUUGUUUUUAAAUUCAGCCUGACACUAUCACUCCAUUCCCGUUUAAUUGAGGACAAAAGCAGUGAUGCCUGAGAAACUGCAGGAAAAAAUGGCUCCCCGUACUGUUUGGUGUGGCUUCUUUGCCAAGACGAGGGGACAGAAAGACUGUGAAUAUUGCUGGGAAGUGGUCGUGUUUGGCCCA